GCCGGCGGGGCGGGGCGGGGCGGGUGGCCUGCGGCCCAUGUGGAGCGGGAGCGGGAGGCUAAACUAACAAGCGCCCAGCGGCGGCAGCAGCAGGAGGAGGAGGAGGAGGCCGUCGCGUCGCGUCGCGUCGCUGGGCCUUGCGCGCAUCCAGCGUGGCCGCGCCAUGAAGGGUAGCCGGAUUGAGCUGGGAGACGUGACGCCACAUAACAUUAAGCAGCUGAAGAGGUUAAACCAGGUCAUUUUUCCUGUCAGCUACAAUGACAAGUUCUACAAGGAUGUGCUGGAGGUUGGCGAACUAGCCAAAUUAGCAUACUUCAAUGAUAUUGCAGUGGGUGCAGUGUGCUGUAGAGUGGAUCACUCUCAAAACCAGAAGAGACUGUACAUCAUGACACUUGGAUGCCUGGCACCCUACCGAAGGCUAGGGAUAGGAACUAAAAUGUUGAAUCACGUCUUAAACAUCUGUGAAAAAGAUGGCACUUUUGACAACAUCUAUCUGCAUGUUCAGAUCAGCAAUGAAUCAGCAAUCGACUUCUACAGAAAGUUUGGCUUUGAGAUUAUUGAGACGAAGAAAAAUUACUACAAAAGGAUAGAGCCAGCAGAUGCUCACGUGCUGCAGAAAAACCUCAAAGUCCCUUGUCUUGGCCAAAAUGCAGAUGUGCAGAAGACCGACAACUGAA